ACAGCAUGGCGGGCUUCAGACUGGACAGUAUCAAGACAGAACCCCUGGACGUCUCACAACGAUUGUGCGAGGAUAAAGGAUCCCAGAAAGUUGAACCCUCUGAAGAUGGAACUUCCGAUGUCCCCGGAACGCUUCCCCUUGGCUGGAGAAAGAUCGUUACACAGAGAAAGACGGGGGAGGACGGCCGGGAGACAUGAUGUGUACUUUAUAAGCCCUGAAGGAACCAAGUUUCGAUCGAAAAUUGCUCUCGAAAAAUAUCUUAACACCAAUUAUGCUGAGAUUAAACUAGAAGAUUUUGACUUCUCAGUUCCUUCUCAACAGAGGCACGGAACAAGUAUAAUCGCAGAGUUCAUUAAAAUGGAUAAUGGAGAGAGAUCAGCCACCCAUUGUAGUGUGCCAGAGGAACACAAAGGCCCUACUAAAGACCAUCCCGAAGACCCUGGUGGUGACCAUCCCGAA